AUGGAGUACUGUGAGCUGAGACUGGAGCUAGAUGAUGAAGAGGAGGGCGUGGCUCAUCGCGUCUCAGAUUCGCCCCCGUGUGGCGAGUACAGUAACCGCGUGCAGGAGGACGGCAUGUGCCGCCUGGUGGCCACGCUACCGCAGAGCGACGAGGGCCAGCGCUGUCCCGACAUGUUCCGCUGCUCGGACGAGGUUGCCGUCUGGCUGCGCGAGAACGAGGAGCGCAAGCAGAACAUUCUGGCGCUCAAGGAGACCGUCUCGGAACUCCAGGAGGAGCUACGGAACCACAGGCACCGCCUCAAAGUUCUGGAACUACAGAAUGAGGAGCGUAACCGUGGUAACGUGUCCCUGGAGCAGCGGGUGCGAGAGCUCGAGGGCCAGUUUGUAGCCGCAUCGUCACUACUCCACCUCCAGGGGGAGCUGCUGAGAGAACUACGAGUACAGGUGGGUAAUUUGAGUGUGCAGGUGGAUACAGUUCGCCGGAACCCUGGCUGCAUGAUCAACAUCGUCAAAACCAACACACACACCACUGCCCAGGAAGCCCUGCACCCAGAGGUGCAGCAUGUUAGGAAUUGUCCCAUAGACUGCGCCUCCAUCUUUUAUAAUGGCGUGCGGCGUUCCGGAAUCUUCACGGUGGUUCCAUCGCUAGGGGCGAGGCCAGUGGAGGUCUACUGUGACAUGGACACCGAUGGUGGUGGUUGGACAGUGAUCCAGCGUCGCGUGGACGGCUCUGUGAGUUUCGACCGCGGUUGGCGUGAGUACACGGACGGCUUUGGCGACCUGCACGGGGAGUAUUGGCUGGGGAACUCGCACAUCCACGACCUCUCCAGCCAGGGGGACUACACACUGCGCAUAGACCUGGAGGACUGGAGCGGACAACACAAAUAUGCACUCUACCAGAGCUUCAGUGUUGAAGACGAGGCUACGCAGUUUCGUCUGCACGUGUCAGGCUUUAGCGGUACAGUGGAGGACUCGUUCAGCUGGUACCAUGACAAGCAGGCCUUCAGCACCCCCGAUACAGGCAGCGUCUGUGCAGAGAUCUCACACGCUGGCUGGUGGUUUAACCAGUGCUACUACGCUAACCUCAACGGACUGUACUACAAGGGAGGUCGGUACUCUCCUCGUACGAAGAACCCACUGGGCCCCGACGGCAUCGUCUGGUUCACCUGGAGGGACUCUGACUACUACUCGCUACGCAAGACGGCCAUGAUGAUACGACCUCGCACGUUUAGACCUCACCUGAGUCCAUAACACACACACACACACACUUAGAUGUCACCACAGCUCACCAAACACACACACACACACACGAGUGUUGUUCAGGGCGGUAAAGUGUGACUGAGGUCCCCAUGGAUAUAGGAGGGCCCGGCCCACACAGUC